GAGUCGGCCACGACGGGGCACAGUGUGGGGGAUUCGGAUUUUGAGGCAUGAUUAUAGGGGGCAAAUAUGUAGGCUAUAGCCAGGCAUAGCAGGGCCAUAGGUGAUCGGGCAUUUGAAACCUUGAUUUGAACUGCUGACUAGAGAUCAAUUCAGGACGACACAUAAUAAUAACGUUCAUGUGGUUUCAAACUUCCAUCAGAACACUAUAUCACCAUCCAUCCCUUAUCCAUCCCUUGGAACAAAAACUGAUAGCCUGGCGGACGGGCAUCCACCUUUGAACCUGAGAGAUGCAGCCUUCGGCUAAUGCUCAAAACAACGGCACAAGUCGGCGUCAAAGUAUGGCAAAAACCUUGAUGCACAACCGAUUCGUCAAAUUGGUGGCAGACAAGAUGUUUAGUCCACCGAAUACACCCGGCGAGGACGUGAUUGUGACUAGGCAGGGUAGAAGCGACACAAUCUUGGUGAAUGUUGGCGAAAACAACAAAAAUUUGAAGUUUGCACUACCCGGAUUGCUGAGCAACAAAAGUCUCGAAUCGCUUACUCGCGAUAUUGUAGGAGCAGACAUUGAUUGCGACAGUGAGCACUUUGAAUUGACUAGUGCAGUACGUGCGAGUGGUAUGAAAGAUGCGCAUCCGUUGUGUGCGAGUGAUAACAGUGAUGUUUUCACAUUCGACCCCACAGCGUGUGACAAGCAAAAUAUUUCCCAUUAUGCGUGGGCGCCUCAUAUGGCACCCACGUAUAAUCAAAACAAAGUAAGGGUUAGGGAGUCAGAGCCAACUAAUAUUAAUAGUAACAACCAUACAGUUCAACGUACGAAUUCUAAUAAUAAUACUUAUGCCUCGAUAAGGGUACGCGAGGAUUGCAAUAGAGAUACAGAUACGUCCAACAGGAGACACUCGAUGAUGCUAGCUAUGGCUUCAAACAAACCUACAAGUGAUAAUAAUAUGUUACCUUCAUCCGACAGUAUCUCGAAAAGUGCUGGGGCCAUAUCCCCCAAAUGCAUUACGCCGAAGAGUAGAUUAAAUACACUCCAAAAGAACUACAACACUGCUCAAUCGUGCACAGGUCCAGCUACGCAUGCAGGCUUGUCCGCUCGUACGGACCCAGUACCCGCACCCAGACGUACAGUGUCGCACUCUAUCACGAACACUCGCAAAAACUCCACAAACGGUAUGUCGCCAACAAUGGCUGCCACAGCACCGCCAAUACGCGCAGUAACGGAGAAACAGAACAAGAACGCAGGGAAAGCUAAAAUUGUAAAGAUUGUAAAAGUGAAGAAUGCCGAGUAUCAGGCUCCUCUAGAAGAAUAUAGUACCGAGACACCAGAAGGAACUGGAGGUAUUGUCGGCAAAUUUUUCGAGGUUGGCGAUGCGAGUAUUUUAGGGUGCGAAUUCCCUCCAAGUACCACGUGCGGUGGUGGUUCGGAGUCGACAAUCAGACACAGUGCCAUCCGUGCACCUACGUCGUCUAGGAGGAGUACUUUGCAACACAGUUACAGUGUUGAGCCCAGACGCGCCCCUAAGGCGCUCCCGCGCCCCGACGUAACAGCCAAACGCUAUACUUAUUUUAACUUCGAAUCUACACGUGAUUCCCCCAGUGAAACAGACGUAGAAUCGAUAGUCACGCCUAAAGCUCCACCAAGUCUGAAACAAACUGCUACUGUAUUGGAGGUUUGUGAACCUAGCAGCGGAGAUAUGUCGCUCCCGUCAGCAACACCUCCCAGAAAAGCAGCGCCUAGAGUUCGACAUUUGAAUAGUGACAGAAGUUCCAAUAGUAGCGAUAACGAUUUGUUUCGGAGUACACGCGCGGUUGUUACGGUGCGAACAUUAAUGGGUUCACAGACUGGUCCAAAGUCUCACCAAAGCACAGUUUCAUUGAAGACAUCGUCCCAGGUACUAAUGGACCCGAAUCUACAGGAUGCAACUUUAGGAGGUCCUAAGCCUGUAGCGGUUUUAAAACGAGCCAUGAGCACGAGAAGCACGCGUUCUAACCCAGGAGCACAAUAGUAGGUCGGUGUAUAACUGUCAUUAGAUUAAAUGAUGAAAAUGUCGGCGCUAUACUGCAUCAACUUAACAUAGAGCUACCUAUAAUUUUAUUUCAAACUUUUAGUACGUACGACAUGACCAAUUUCCAACAAUUUCAAGUGAAAUUAAGUUUGGUCGA